AUGUCAUCGGCCUCUACCUCAAACACAUCGUAUGUGGAUGAAGUGGUUCGAGGGGGGUAUGGCAAGAUAUUUGAGGGCCAUACAGUAUUCCUCACUGGAGCCACCGGAUGCCUGGGAGGCUGUCUCCUUUACAAACUCGCUUUGCAGCUCCCUACGCGCAAGGUAUACAUACUGGUGCGCGGCGACUCCAAGCGGGCUUUGGAGAAGUUGAAACAAACAAUGCCGGACCAUGCACAAGCCAUUGUGUCCACAGGAAAAGUCGAAUGUGUGGUGGGGGAUAUCAGGAAGCUCAACUUCAGAAUCGACUCUUCCACUCUUCGCCAAAUGCAAGAGCAAGUCACACUGGUGAUCCAUGCGGCGGCGAAGAUCAAGCUCGAAGGCCCUAUCCGCGAUGCAGUGGAGAUCAACUGCCUUCCUGCGUUGGAGAUGGCUCGAAUUGCCUCACAAUUUCGGCGGCUUAAGCUGCUCGUUCAGCUUUCCACCUCCUACACCAAUAGCCAUCUUCCUGACGGCCCGGUGCUAGAACGUAUAUAUCAACUGGGAGGCGAAGAAGACCCCGAGGUAGAACUAGCGUCUAUGCUGACGCUGGGGGAGUCACCGCAUCGAGCAAAGUUCUCGUCUAGCUAUACCUAA